UUUUAAGCACUUGAAAAAACCUACCCCUCCCACAAGAGCGACUCACGUAAUCACUCUUGAAAACAAUGUGCAAGGGUAAACUUUCACAGUCAAGCCAUCCUCCUAAUGCCUGUAACUGCUCAGAGGAUCCAAGAAGCUACAGAUAUGUCCACUGAGCUUCCUGCAACAACAGUGGUUGCAAAAAUGGACACUUUCACAGCUUCUCAGACAAACAGUUCCACCUGCGACUUAUAUGAGCAUAAAGAUACAGCACGGAUACUACUGUCUGUCUUCUACAGCUCCAUCUUAAUUCUUGGGGUGCUUGGAAACACCAUUGCCCUCACCGUCAUUUUUAAAAACAGAAAGAAAAUCAACUCCACUACCCUUUAUUCAACAAAUCUCGUCUUCUCCGAUCUCCUGUUCUGUAUUGCCUUGCCUACAAGGAUAGCCUACUACGCCCUGGGAUUUCACUGGCCCUUUGGAGAAGCAUUGUGUCGAAUAACCGCUCUCUUGUUCUAUAUCAACACCUACGCAGGUGUAAACUUCAUGACGUGUUUGAGCAUUGACAGGUUUUUCGCUGUUGUCCAUCCCUUUCGAUACAAGAUCAGAAGGAUUAAAUAUGCUAAGGGCAUUUGUGUCUUUAUCUGGUUUCUUGUAUUUAGUCAAACUUUCCCAUUACUUAUACAACCCAUGUCACAGGAAGAAGAAGAAAGGACUACAUGUAUGGAAUAUCCAAACUUUGAAAAAAUAGCACAUCUACCGCUUAUCCUUCUUGCUGCCUGUUUAGUAGGGUACCUUAUUCCCCUGGGGAUUAUACUAUUUUGUUACUCUCAAAUUAGUUGCAAACUUUUUCAAACAGCCAAGGAAAAUCCACUGACUGAAAAAUCAGGGAUAAACAAAAAAGCCAUCAAUACAAUCAUAUUUGUAAUUAUAGUGUUCAUCAUCUGUUUUACCCCAUAUCACGUUGCAAUCAUACAACAUAUGAUUAAGAAGCUUCAGAAUGAACCCCCAUGCAUGGAAAAGAAAAUUUUCCAGAAGUCACUCCAUUAUACUGUCUUUCUGAUGAAUUUUAACUGCUGUCUAGAUCCUUUCAUCUAUUUCUUUGCAUGCAAAGGAUACAAGAGAACUGUAAUGAAAAUACUGAGACGACAAGUGAGUGUAUCCAUUUCAAGCGCUGUCAGGUCACAUCACGAAGAAAGCUCACGUGAUGUGGGAGAAACACAAAUGAUGGUACUUGCAAAAUCUGCCAAUGGAAAACUACCUGAAAAAUAAAAUCUGUAGUACACCACAGCGGAGCAAGCUUAAAAAUCCAGGGUCCACAGUAAGAGCUCAGUGUUCCCCGUGCAGCAGUUUAAGUAAGGUUCUGUUCUUCUGGAUGUCAGGAAAUCAAGGAGUGAUGUUGGACUAAAAAAGAGUUGUCACAGGACAGCAGGAAAACUCAGCAUUAUAAUUUCCCAGCUGUAUCAUUUUGACUGAUCUCAUUAUUUUUCCAGGAAAUAUGCACCAUUGUGAAUGUUCAAAUUCCACAGUGCACAUAUGUAUGCCUGGAUGUUAUUAACUCAAGCAAAGACUCAAUUCAUGGUUUGGGUGUCUGCGAAAGGAUUAAACACAAAUAGCUUACAAUUCAGACUGACUACAACCAGAAUAUCUG